GCUUGCCGUACGCGAAAGCCUUAACAGCGUGAGAGUUGAAGAGCGAGUCUUCCUUCGCCGCCGCUGCGGUCGUUGCAGCCUGUGGAUUGGAACUUCCACGCUCGCGGGAUUCCAAAACGUCACAAUGGCUCAGAACGUUCAGAACGUUACACUGUCUCUCACGCUGCCCAUCACUUGCCACAUUUGCCUGGGAAAGGUGCGCCACCCGGUCAUCUGUGCCAACCACCACGUCUUCUGCUCUAUUUGCAUUGAAGUAUGGCUGAAGAACAAUAGUCAGUGUCCUGCUUGCCGGAUUCCCAUCACCCCUGAAAAUCCUUGCAAAGAAGUCAUAGGGGGAACCAGUGAAAGUAAUCCUGUGUUUACUCCCGUGGUCAGGAAACAGCUCCGCAAAACCAGGCUCGAGCUCCUUCACAAAGAGUAUGAGGAUGAGAUAGAGUCUCUGCAGAAAGAGCUGGAGGAACUGACCAUCAAAAACUUGAGCUUGGAGUCCCAGCUAAAAUCUGUUUUGCAUCCUGUGACUCCGGACAUGUCUGACAAAAAUCAGGAGAGUCCUCUUCCCUUGGAUGAUGGGAACAAAGCUGUCUCUGAGACUUUGGCGGCAUUGACCCAGAAACUUCAGGCUGCCAAUGAGAUGUACGAAAAAGCAAAAGACGACAUGGAAAAGUUAGUGGAGGUAAACAAGAAACUGAGGUUUGAAAACAGUGGACUUGUGAGGGAGAACUUGCGGCUGAAGGCUGAGGUUGGAAGUCGAUCGCCCCAGAAGUUUGGACGGUUCACUGUAGCAGCGCUUCAGUCCAGGCUCGAUCAAUGCGAACGUGAAACCAACCGCCUUAAAAAGGCACUGGAAAGGAGCGACAAAUACAUAGAAGAUCUGGAGUCGCAGGUGUCGCGCCAGAAGAGGGAAUACGAACCCAUGAAAGAAGAAAGUCCCAAAAGUGAAGCUGCUGUUCCCAUGGAGGAGAAAGACAGUGGAAGCACCGCUAGUGAAAACACCCUACUGAAAACCCCAGAGCAGUGCUCCGAUCAGAACUGUUUGUGCGCUGCUCACUGCCCUGAUGACGAUCAACCCGGUAGUGGCCUGUUGGGUAGUAGCAAUGAUGUCUGCUUAAAUUCGGCCAGCCAGGGUUGUUCGGAUGAGUCUGUUGCCCAGUGCUCAGCUGGAAGGGAUGUUUUCACUGGCUCCCAGGAGGGUCUCUUGGAUAUAGCUGGUGCCGAUAUGGAGACUUGUUCAGAGCAAACAUGGGAUAAAAUUGAGGACUGCGUGCCGUAUAAAGACGAGCUUUAUGAACUUCCUGAUCCGUGUACGCCGUUAUCUCUUAGUUGCCUCCAGUUGAACACGCCCAGCAGCAAGGAUGACCCACCCGCAAAAGAAGAGAGUCCAAGGAAACCGUCUACUUUUCUAAGGAAACUGGACUUUGAGGAUUUGGGGGAUGCAUCCGAUGAUGGUAACAAAGACUCUCCCGAGCACAGCGCCUGCAGCUGUGAGAGCAGCGACAACAAAGGAGCUUGCUUCACCUCUGACAAGCCAGUGUUUUGGAACAGAUGCCAGACGCACUACGACGAGAGCUUGGACUUUGAAAGUUCAGAGCCCUCCACAGCCACUAGUGAUUCUGGCGAGUCUUCGGCAAAAUCCAGCGAAAACUCACGCCACACGAACAUGCCGAAAAAACUUCACGCUGUCCGCUCCUCAGAAAUGAACCGCACCAGGACGUCAAGCGAGGCUUCCAUGGAUGCCGCUUACCUGGACAAAAUCUCCGAGCUGGACUCCAUGAUGUCUGAAUCGGACAACAGCAAAAGCCCUUACUAUCUUUCCAAGGCAUCUUCAGACCUGGAGAACUCCUGCAAGGCAACCCAGUGUCCUGAUCUUUUGAAUGAGAAAGAGAAAACCAUGAAGGAGAGGAACGAACAGAACUCUCUGAAAUGUGCUCUCUCAGAUGAUCAUUCAGCAGAGGGAAGCGAGUGGAAAUCAGCGACUUUUUCAAUCCUUUCCCCCUCUGCAUUAGACAUAAUGGAGCCUUUCCCACUGUUUGGUGGGCGGACUUCAGAAACGAGUGAAAUAAAACCUCAGAGUUUUUUAUUCCAAAGAGAGCUUUCCCCCAGUUUUUUGUUCAACAACUCUGGAGGUUCAUUUGAAGAACAAAAGCUGGGGUCCUCUCUCUUUAAGGUGACACCUGAGCUGCAGAACCUCCAUAACCAGUUGCAGUCUCCUUGGUCCUCUUCCUUUGUACCUGACAGGAAAGCCAAAAGUCUUCAUACGUCAACAAAGAGGAAAAUCCAGAGUAGCUUGUCUAGUGCAAGUCCAUCAAAAACAACUAAGAACUGACUCAAAACGUAAUUAAGGUUUAGUGCCAAUAUAGAUGUUUUGAGAGUACUUUUGUUUUCCCAAGUGAUUCUUUUUUGUUUAUCAUUUGUCGAUUCCCUCUAUGAUCUCAGCUUGUCCAUUUCUUACAUACUGAGUGAUGGAGUUUGAAUGUUCUCCCUUACUAAUGCUAAGCUCUUCUGUUUCUGAAAUCUGGUCAGAAUCUCUCUCUCUCUCACUCUCUGGCUUCAGUUUAGAUACCUAGGGAUUGGUGUAUUGUGGUUUUGUUUUGUUUUUAGUGUUGGGUUAUAUGAAGUCUUCAGUCCUUUUUGAGGAGCUGUGAAAUGUCCCAUUGCUGAACGCAGUGGAUCUUCAAAAUGAGGUUUCUCGUUGACGCAGCUCUUUAUAGUUGGCGAGAAGCCCGCAUGACGGCUCCUUAGUCGAGUUCUCUUUUUCCUGUGCAAAAAUGUGGUGGCAGCUCUUGCAGAGCCCUGCUUUUUUCUGAACUUGGCUUUCAGAAUAAAAUGUUUGCCUGCUCGUACCUGCAUGACACCCUGUGUCUCUGCCGUAGCGGUACCUUUGGUGUGUAGCUGUUAGAAUAGUGAUUCCCUCCUGGCAAAUUUUCAGUUAGGAGGGGAAAUGUCUUUAUGCUUAAGACUGAGAGCCCAGUUAUUAUUUUUUUUAAUCAAACACCGCUUUUAACUUUCAAAAAACACCCUGCUCCUGCGUAAGACCGUGCUGUUUGUGCCUGUGCAGUUCAUAAAAAUGGGUUGGUAUGCUAAUGGCUUGUUUACUUGAAUGUGCACUGAACAUUUUACAUGAAUACUGUACUGUUUUACAUUAAUACUGCAUGCUUUUUUUCUAUGUGGAAUGAAUAAAAAAAAAUGUCACAAGCGCUGUAA